AUGACUAACGUGUCGGAUGAUUACCAAAUAAACGAAUAUAGGUCUCUGGAGGCAGAGCCAUGGGCGCUUUCCUGGACAAACCAAAGACACAGAAGCACAACUCCCAUGGAGAGGGCAAUGGCCUUCGCUAUGCCCUCAGCUCCAUGCAAGGAUGGAGAGUGGAGAUGGAGGAUGCCCACACAGCUGUUCUUGGACUUCCUUCACCUAAUAUGA